AUGAUGAAGUUGCUCUGGGUCCUGGCGUGUUUGGCGAUGGUAUCCCAUCAGGUCAUGGGUUCACCGGUCAAAAGAAACUCUGUAGCUGACAUGGAACUGGCUAGCGAAUUUGAGGAAUCUGCCGGAUAUUUCGAGGGUGACAUCAUACUGACGCCUGAGCAGGAGGACGCAGUGAAGUACGGCUACACAGCCGUCAUCGGCGAAGCCUACAAGUGGCCCAACAACAUCGUACCUUACGUGAUCGACUCCACAGCAUUCAGUAUCGUGCAACAAAACAGCAUCGUGUCCGCCUUGCAACAGAUCGAGCUGGUCAGUUGUGUCAGAUUCGUAAAACGAACGAACCAGAAAGAUUACGUAGCCGUUACGGGAGAAUACACGGGAUGCUGGGCAACGCUGGGACACCGUGGUGGCAUGCAAACGGUAAACCUGCAACCUAAUGGAUGUAUGUCGCGUGGAACGAUCAUCCACGAGUUCCUGCACUCGCUCGGCUUUGUCCACAUGCAAAGUGCUUCUGAUCGUGACUUCUACGUGGAGAUCAACUGGGGUGCCAUCCAGGCUGGCAAGGCAUCGAAUUUUGAACGUUAUAGCUCGAACAUAGUCGAGGACUUUGGCAUCCCGUACGACUACGAUAGCGUCAUGCACUACGGAUCGACGGCGUUCAGUAGCGGCAGCCAGCCUACGAUCAUUCCCAAGCAGACCGGUGUCACGAUAGGCCAGCGUGUAGGACUUAGCUACAAGGACAUCAAACGACUUAACUUUCUCUACCCCAACUGCUACUAA